UUAAUAUUUUCAGGCAUGCAAUUGGGUCUAUGGACUUUGAUUGCCCUCAUAGCUGGAGCUGUGGGAAGAAACUUCAUUUUCUAUGUUGAUGUCAGAUGGGAUCUAAGAUCUCGUUUUAAUCUCUUUGUGCAGGAUGAAUCAAUACCUUUCAACCAUGGUCUCCGAUUAGUCCCAGCAAUAUAUAUUGCAAGAGACAAGAUUAAGAAGGGUUUACGGUUAUGGUCAAGUUCUCCCAGAGUGCAUGCCGGUUUAGUAAAAAACGAUUUCUAUCAGUCCAACGCAGAGUAUGUUGCAAAUUGCAAAGGAAUUAAUGGCUCUGAGUCUGGUUCCAACUGCUUUGUAAAUUCUAAUUAUGACAUCGGAUUUUGUUCUCCAAGUGGCCUUGAACCUAGCAACGACCCUGCUAUAGUUGCUGGUCUUCACUGUAAAAACAAUCCUCCAGAAGGGCACAUUCUUUCGUUUAGAGAUAAUAGCGAUACGAAAUCGUUAAGCAUCCCUUUACUUAAGAAAGGAGAGAAUAUACAUUUCAUUUUGCCCGAUGGUACCGGUUUAACGUCUGACCAGAAAGUUGACUUCCUCGAGAAAUUUGGUGGUGUAAGUGGGAAAUCCUCAUCAUUGGGAAAGCUGAACGAUAGAAUCCAAUAUAUCGCUAAUCUAUUUGGAGACGAUUUCGCUGGAAUAAUUGGAUCAACUGAGAAUGCUUACUAUACGUCUAUAAUAGCAAAGAGCUUAAAUGUCCUAAAUAUAGUGCCAGCAGUUUCAGAGAAAGUAAACGAAGGUAUAUGGCCACAAAGUAGCUCUGAUAAACUCUCGCCUGGUUUUAUGGAUGCUACCCUCGUCCUUGGACAUGAAGACUGGAUGAUCGUUGAACAGCUUGCUUACAUAAUAAUCAAGACUGGCUGGGACAUUGGAGCCGUGGCCAUAAUUACUGAAACUGGAUACAGUGAACGUUGGGCUAUAGCUAUUAAAAAUAAUCUUAAUGUGGAACUGGUCAAACGAAAUAAAGAUCCUGUGAAUAUCACGGUUAAGAAAAGCACUGCAGCAGAUCUUUACGUAUUGAAAGGAUUUAGAAAUUUGGUUACUUCAGUAGAAAACUUAUCGAAAACAUACAGAAGUGCACGUCUUUACGUUGUCAUCGGUAAACCUAUGUUUAUGCGUUACAUGUUGAGAGAGUUGAGACAAAGCUUGAAAUUUAAGACGAAAGGUACAAAUAAAAAUGGUGUCGUCCUCAUCCCAGAAACAGGUGCACCGUGCCCGGAUUUGAUUUACCCCUCUAGAAAGGCCCGAAAAGUCUUUAAAGUUCAGCACUUCAGCAGAUAUGCCUUCUUUAAGGAGUACGAUGAAAUUACUGCGCGGUUGGUUCUUGAGGGUUGCUUCGCGAUAUGCCACAAUUCUCAUAACCGAGGACCAUGGAAAUGGUCAAAGUCGACUAACAUGUCCACCGACGGAAGUAACGGAGUUGACAAACUACGAUGGAAGUUGGAUCCUCUUUCUUUGAACACCAGAACUGAAUAUGAUCCAGAAAUCGGUGAAGAAAGCUACAAUGAUAAUAGAAAAUAUGCCACCAGAGAGGAAGAAAUAGAUAUGGAAAGAUGGAAUACGUUUGAGAGAGAUUGGCUAGCGUUCUACAGAAUUAAGUAUAAAGAUGGUUACACGAUGGGUAAACUAAAGCGUAUGAGAUAUAGAGCAACUGCUCUGGCUUCAUUUGCACACGACUCCGUCAUAUGGGGAAUGUUCGCUGCUGUUUUGAACAGAUCAAACCCCGAGCUGUUUGUCUCGGAGUCCGGAGAGUACACCCUGAUGAACUUGUUCGGUGAUGGAUCUACUCAUUCUGAUACAAACAGCCAACCCGCUGCUGAUAUGACACGAAUAGGAUGGCCAGGAAUGUUUGGAUAUGAUGUCCCGAAUGUGGAGAGUUACAACGAGACACAUUGGAAAACAAAAUAUAAGGUCCUUGUUAACGAUGGCCCUUGGCACGAUUAUGUUAACCGUUACACCUUCAAAGACAACAGGCCGUUUGGUGCCGUACCGUGGACUAUAAAAAUGUAUCUCGAUGGAAAAUGGCAUAGGUAUGCCGGAAUGAUGCCGCAUCGGAGAACAGCCGAAAAUGACGAUCUGAUGUACGAGAGAACCGCAGACUCCAACGCCAAUAUUUCCAAGACCGACCUGCACGGAAACCCUAUAACACUCGGAGUACCGAUAUACGAUGAUUUUAAGUUUCUGCGGUACUUUAAUAGCAGCUAUCAUGACUAUGCAGAUGUUAAGGAACCUAAAUGUAGCUAUAAUUCUCUCAAAUGUGCCAAGGAGAAUUUCUUCAAGUCCUUUUUCCCGGUGUUAGUGGUUGUUUUAGUGUUGAUCUGUAUCCCUCUUGCUGAUGUCAUAUACUUUGGAAGAAAACGCCGGCAAUUCCAAAGGGAUUGUAAUGCCAUGCAUUGGAAGCUUAAUCCUGAUGAUGUCGACAUAGUUUUCAAGGCACCUGGACAGGGAAUAAGAUCAUCAAUGAUGGGCACUACUGCUGUGGGUGGCACUACUGCUGGGGGUGGCACCACUUUUGGAGGGGGCAACACCUUUGGAGGGGGCACCACCUUUGGUGGGGGCACAACCAUUGGAGGACAAACAACAGGUGGAGGGGGGAUGAAUGCAACACUUGGAACAAUGAUUACAAUGACAUCACUUGGGAUAGAAUCCAGUUCAGAAGGUGGAGGAGGAAAGCAACAAGUAUUCGCUGACAUAGCUGUAAUGAAAAACAUAAGAUGGGCUUUGAAACCGCUGGAAGAAUUCGCGAAUGGAAUGAUCAAAGAUCCAACCAGAGAUUUCAAAAUCGAAAUGAAAAAGAUGUACGAUGAAAUGAUCCACGGUAACGUGGUCCAGUUUGGGGGCCUCGUCUGGAAUUCACAACUAAACAAUGCUGUAGUCUUCACUGAAUACUGUUCCAAAGGAUCCCUUUCGGAUGUGUUAGAAGAUUCGAGCUCAAAGCUGGACCUGAACUUCAGAUUGAGUUUCGUGGUGGACAUUAUCAACGGAAUGGACUACUUACAUAACUUCACCGAAAUGCUUUCUCAUGGGUACCUCAAGUCCACGAACAUUCUCAUCACCGGCUCUUUUACCGCAAAGAUAGCUGACUUCGGAUCUCUGAUGAGGACCAAUGACAAGCAGAAAGUGGGCAACCUAGAGUACAUCAGUAGACAAAUCAGAUCUGUGUGGACUGCACCUGAAAUUCUCAGAGAUGAAGAGAAAUUGAAUGAGUUAAAAGGAACAAGAGAAGGGGACGUCUACAGCUUUGGAAUUGUGUGUCACGAGAUCAUUGAUUGUUCUGGCCCAUUCAAUUCUCAUGACGACAAUGGCAUCGGAGCUGAUGAGAUCGUGCAUAUGGUGAAGGGGGCAAAAACGAAGACCUUCAGGCCAGCUUUCAGUGGAAUUAAAAAUAAUGACAGAGAGAUAUACGUGAUGAACAUGGCUCGGGAAUGUUGGACUGAGAAUCCUAAUGAUCGGCCUACUUUUGAGCAUUUGAGAAUGUCUUGUGUUCCUAAAAUUGAAGACGGCUCGAUGACAUUGGGACAGUGCAUUUUGCUGCAGUUCAAAGAGAUGGUUUCGGAAAAAGAAAAGGAAAUAAAAUCGUUUGACUCUGAAAUACAAACGAAAAAGGGCGUUUUCAGCGAGAUGCAGCGCCAGUUAUUACCGCCACACGUUUUGAACCAGUUAAUGGUAGGACAAGCAACCGAGCCCCACCUACUGAAAUCUACUUCCGUUCUUAGUCUAGAAAUUACAGGCACUUGCAAUGCUGAGAUGCUAAAAGCUAUUGAAGGUGACCGUGAGAAUAUAUGGAAUUCCAUCGAACAGAUCCAAGAAACUGUCCUUGGAUUAUCUCUCGACUAUCCAGAUCUCUUCUGUGUGGUGACAUCAGCUAACUUUUUCGUUAUCCUUGCAAACGGUUCCGAGCAAAGUGCCAAGUCUCAGGCCACUGAUCUGCUGAAACUCUGUAAAGGAGUACAAAGCUUCAUUGAGUUGCUGGAGUUACCUUUCUUUAAACUUAACAUCCGAGCUGGUAUAGAUUCAGGCCCUAGCGCUGUUGGCCUGGUGGGUGCUAAAUUCCGAAGUUUCCAGUUGUACGGUGAAACCUAUCAGAACGCAGAAAAACUCAGAUCUGAAGCAGUUGAGGGCGUGUGCAAUGUGACUGAAAACACGCUAAAGAUGAUGGGAGGCUUUGCUGAAAAAUUCGAGAAUAUUCGAUCUGUCAAGUCACUACCUAACGUGAAGAUCUACGCCACAAAUCUGGCAUCUUGAAACGAUUGAUAGGAACAGCGUUCAGAGCAUUUCUACUACUACUAGUGAUCUCUACUAUCUCUAGUGGGUGACUCAGCUUAAAGUCAAACUUAAAGUGAACUGGAAAGCCGAUUAUACUUAUAGCCUUUGAUUGAUUAUUAUGAUAAUUUUCAAUAAAAGUUGAGCUACGAAUUCUUGCUAAUUUUAGUGUCAGUACGAAGAAAUUCGGUAGAUAGUUAUUGUCAACCAAUACACAAUCACCAAGCAUAUUUUGCUUUCGCUAUUUUAUCUAACCGUUUGAUUUGCGUUAUUUUAAUUUUCCACAUGUAAAAAUAAAUUAAUGAUUAGGUUAUAUGUGACCCUGAACCCCUGGAUUGAAGUUGCUCUGUUUAGUUUUAAAAAUAUAAAAUAAUUCAUCGCGAUAGUGCUACAACUGCUUAAUAAUAAUGUUAGUUUUUGGAAACCAUCAAAGUAAAAUGUGCUGAUAUUAGUAUUUUAAUUAUUUAUUUAUUUAUCUAAUUUGUUUCAUAUUGAUUGUUAUAUUUGAAUACAACUUACAUUAACUUAUGUUUCACUCUCAACUGUUUUCGUAGAUCCACCGCUGCCAAUUG